AUGAUUCAGGUUGGUUCGAAAUGGCCGAUUGUCCUGUCUUUCGUCUUCUUUUACCUGCUUUCCCGAUAUCUUUCCACUAGAGCCAAGCCUAAAAGAAUCGACCCAAAACGAUACGGCCUCUACGAAAACCUCCAAGUCUCGAUGAUCCACUCUCUUCUCUCCGGCGUUGGCGCGUGCCUUGCCCUCUCUGAUCCGCAAAUUUGGGAUGAUCUGAUUCAUUAUUACAGUCCCUUUGGAUCCAAGAUUGUGAAGAUGAGCACGGGCUACUUUCUCUACGACUUUUACCAUGUUCUUUCAAUCAACGACUUCAAAUUUGCGGAAUGUUGGGAACUCGUUGCGCAUCAUAUUGCUGUUCUCAGUUGCAUUGGAACAUCAGGUUUCUUCGACUACUACCACGGCUUCUCCUGCAUCGCUCUAGUCAUGGAGGUCAAUACGGUUUUCCUCCAUGUUCGCAGCCUCCUCAAAAUGGGCCGCAAGUGCGAAUCAAACUUCUACAAAAUCAACUCCUGGAUCAAUCUGGUCACGAUCGUGCUUUUUCGAAUCAUCGUUGCCUUCGCAAUGCUGUACCUAUUCCAGACGCAUUACGAACGACAAGCCUACUGGGAGUACUGCAUCUGCAACAUCGGCGUUUCUGUUGUUCAAAUCAUGAAUUUCUUCUUGCUCUACAGAAGUUUCUCAUUCGACCGCCAGUUCAUCCUUCGAAAAGCAAGCUAG